GACAAACGAUGCGGUAACGGUCCGGUAACGGCUCCGCAGCGGCCGCGGUCGCCAUGGCGUACUCGACGUGCUGCAGGGUGGCCAUGGUCUCCUGCCUGGUGCUCUGCGUCUCCCUCCUCCUGCCGCGGACCUUCUUGUCUCGGGGCGGCGGGAGGCAGGAGCCCGGGGCUGCGCCGCUCGCAGCGCCCGCGCCGCCCGAGGGGAAGCUUGGUCGCUUUCCACCGCGGAUGCCUUACCAGGCCACUCCCGACAGCCGAGCUGCCCCUCAUUUUCCGAGGUCUCACCUUGCUGAAGCAGUUGCCAAAGCCAAGGCGGGUGGAGGUGGUGGUGGAAGCACUGGUGGAACUGGGAGAGGUCUUGUGGGGCAGAUUAUCCCGAUAUAUGGAUUUGGCAUCUUCUUAUAUAUCCUGUACAUUUUAUUUAAGCUGGCUUCCAAGGGAAAAACUACUGCUGGCGAGAGGAAAUGCCCUACUGCUGCACCUGGAAACAUGAAGAGGAAAAUCACUGAUUAUGAGCUCACCCAACUUCAGGAAAAAUUGAGAGAGACAGAAGAAGCUAUGGAAAAAUUAAUGAACAUAGUAGGACCUAACUGUGACAGCAGGAUUCAAAAUGUUACAACAGACCAGGAAAAAAGGUUACUUCAGCAACUCCGAGAAAUUACUAGAGUUAUGAAAGAAGGAAAAUUCAUAGAUGGCAUCUCUCCUGAGAAGGAAGCUGAAGAAGCUCCUUACAUGGAAGAUUGGGAAGGUUAUCCAGAAGAGACCUAUCCCAUCUAUGAUAACUCUGAUUGCUUCAAGCGCAAACAAGACACAAUCCUUGUAGAUUACCCUGACCUGAGCCAGCCCUCUGCAGAAGAGCUGGCAGAAAGAAUGGAGGGCAUGGAAGAUGAGGAGUAUCUGUGCAAUGAAACCCUGCUAUCUGAUCUCACCAUGAGAAGGGGCAGUCAUGAUUUAAUGCAGAAAAAGGACGAGGUAACUGGCAUCAGUGAAGAGGAGAGGGACAUUCAUUGCAGCCAAAGCAUUGAGGAGUGCUGCUGUUGUUACGAGGAUGAUGAUCCUGCUGUCAUAGCGGAGAACUCUGGAUUCCACUGUGAGAGCUGCAGUGAAGCAGAAGAAUCAACCCAAGAGGACCUGUCUGUGGAGUAUGAAAGUGAAAAUAUAGCACUGAAAGAGCAAAAAGCCAGUGAUUCAGAUGAAACAGGCACAUUGAGAAAGCGCAACACAAAAGGACUCGAGUAAUAGUGACAAUAAUGGAUGUUAUCUCAAUGCUGAAGGUAGAGGUCAUAAACUGUCAUUGUUCCUGAUGAAGACUUCUCUGUGUUCAUCCCGUUGUACCAAUUUCAUUCCCAUGGUAACAGUCAGAUCAUCUACCUGAACUGGAAGCCAAUGCCCUCUUUCAUGCAUUCUUGUCAUGGCUUACCAUGA